UCUAACUCUGAUACAUCUACUAAGAAAUAAUUAACUAACAUAAUCUUGUUGACAAGGGGGAAAGUGAAAAGGUGAAAGGAGAAUAGAGGGAAAUGAAUAAGGUUUUGAUGAAGGUGGUCACUCAACUGCAUUUCUACUAUUUAUUUCCUCAAAUUAUCCUCAUAAUCAUUGAUAGGUUACAAUUUGAUCCACAUAUAUUAAUAUAUGUGAAGAAAUUCUCUUGGUGGGGAGGGUAUGAGUAUGGGGCGGGGGAGGCUAAAACCAUACUUGCCCCAUACCCAUCAAGCUUUUUGCGUGUUUUACCCAUACCCGCCCCAUACCCGGUCAAAGCGGGGAUUACCCGCAUUGACUGGGUCGGGGACGAUCGGGUACCCGCGGCCAUGGGUUUAAUUGUCAUCCCUAGUUAUGAUAUCGUUGAACCGUGCAUGUGUGACUUAAUUUAUUAACAUGUUUAUUUGUAUUUUUUCUAAUUUAGCUUUUUCAAUCUUAUUUUCACCCAAUAAAAUAAAUUGAGAUAGAUGCGAGAUCUUAUUUUCACCCAAUAAAAUAAAUUAACAUACAUGUGAGAUUUAAUUUUUCAAUUAAUUAUACUCGAUUAUCCAUUAUAUCAUUACUAUUUUAAUUUUACAUUUGUAAAAUGUUUUUUCUUCAAUAUUCAUUUUCUUCUAAUAAAACGUCAUACCGGAUCAAAACAACUACUAUCCAACAGAGAUCCAUGCUUUAUACUAAAUGAAUACGAAUAUUGAGAUACCCGAUCUGCUUGCCUCUUUUCCAUCACUAAUCACCAUCCAAUAGCAUGAUCCAUGAAACCGUACCAUAUCGGCGACUGAUCAACCACGAAAUACCAGUAUUGAAAGCUAAAUCAGUAGGCAGUACUUAGCAGUCUAACUGUUGAACUACGGUUAAACCACGAUUUUUAUAAUAAAAUAACCUAUCGUUGACUUUCUCGAUACGAUCUUCCCGGUGGCAUGCUGUUCAUGCCCAAUAGCAGCCUAACAAUGCAGGCCAGGCGGGAAUUUGAUCCUUAUCAGUUAUCACCAUCUUCCUCGUUUGUCUUGUAACAAUCUUAUGAAUCCCCAGGCCCCACUUCUCCUAGUACCCUCCAAUUUCCAUAAACCCUCCCCCUCCAGGCUCCAUCAACUCGACAAAAUACCUUUUCUGUUCCUUUCUCCCGAAAUCGAUUCCUCUUUUGCUCAUUUCACAUCACCAAUAAGUGAGACAUGAGUAUUCAUACUCUCCAAAGUUCUCUUCUCCUCUCUUCUCUUCAAACCACAAUGAACUCCAACAAUCGGAAGAUCCAGCUCACGCGCCGCGACGGCAGCUCCGACUCCGUCGUCGUCGGCUCGGUCUUAUUACCUCCGCCGUUUCCCGAAACGCCGCCGGAGAUGCUGCACUACCCGGACCACCGCCGGACCAUCGAUUCCUCCAUGGCGCUGACGAUUCUGCUGCUGCUGACGGCCAUCUUCUUCGUGGGUUUGUUUUCCCUGUACAUCCGCAGAUUCUCCGGCGACGCCGCCGCCGCCGCGGUGUCGUCGGCGGCGGAAGUCGGCAAUCACUACCGCCGCGGCAGCCAGAAGAAAGGGCUCGACCCGGAGGUGGUGAGGUCGCUGCCGGCGUACUGCUACAGGAAGGGCGGCGAGGGGAAGUAUGAUUUGGCGGAGUGCGCCAUUUGCCUGGGCGAGUUCGAGGAGGAGGCGGCCGUGAAGAUGAUACCGGUCUGCCAGCACGUGUUCCACGCGCAGUGCGUCGAAGCGUGGCUGAACGCGCACGUGAACUGUCCCUUGUGCAGAGGCACUCAGUUUCUCGGAGUGGUGGUGGAAGGCGGCGACGGAGGAGGAGGAGGAAGCGGUGGUUCGACGAGGGUGGUGGAAGGAAGAAGAUCGACGGUGGGAAGUGAGGACGCGUGGACGGUGGAGAUGGGUUUAGCUGGUGGGCUGAGGAGGGUCUGUAGCUCUUCGAGUUUGGUCAGAAAGGGACAGGAGAGGAUUUCCUUACCCAGAACCUCCAGUUUCUGAUACGUGUGCCCCGCACGUGUAAAUAUUUACUGAGGAUGUGAAUAAUUAAUAUAAUUAUUAUGUGAAUAUGGAUGUGGUGGUAGGUGUUAGUUGUUUGGUCAAGUUUACUCUGUUUGGGGAACAGCCUAAUUAAUUGAAUGGUAGUUG